GUAAACCUUGAUAACAUACCUUAGUUUCUAAAGGAACAUGUUUUUGAAUGGAUUAUACAUAUUUUGUAUCAUUUGUAUCUCUUUCUAGAUAGCAUUUAGUAAAGAUCACCUUGGCAUAUUUGUAUUCUGUGAUGCCACAGAAGAAAAAGCACCAAGAUGCUUCUGAUAAUUUUAAACGUGCUUUUGUCUGCUCCCGUCCACGUGUCCGCUCCCUGGGCUUGUGUUCGUUUAUGUCCUCCAGCUUGCACUUGUACCCAAGAACGGAACUGCGCUGUUCUUUGCGACCGAUCUGGGAUAUCACAAGUCCUCAGGGAGUUCCCAUGUGAAGCCUCCACUAUCAACUUGGAUAAAAACAGUAUCAGAUUUUUGUCAGAAAAGGCCUUUGGCACUCUUCCCGCUCUCCGAUCUUUGUCACUUGACCACAAUAACAUCUCUUUCAUUACCCCAGGAGCAUUUAAGGGGCUGCCAAAUCUCAGUGAAUUGAAACUGGCGCACAACGAGUACAUCAGAUACCUGCACACCAGGAGUUUCACCGGCCUCAAGCGCCUACUGAAACUCGAUUUGUCCAAUUGUAAUCUGUUUAAUAUUCCAGACCGUAUUUUUACAGCAGCGACUUCCCUACAAGAGUUGGCAAUGUGGCAGAAUCAUUUUAGAAGAAUACCCGGAGCAGUGAGGGGGAUGGACAGCCUGGCCCGUUUGUAUCUGGAGCGAAACAGGAUUGAAGCAGUGGCUUACAACUCUCUACAAGGGCUGGUGAAUUUGAAAUAUCUCAACCUUCAAGAUAACAAAAUUGCAGUAAUCCACGACAAAGGGUUUAAAGACUGUGCGAAACUGGAAUAUCUGUAUCUUAAUGACAAUCUCCUGAACAAUCUUCCCGAGUUUGCAUUUAAAGAGCUCAGGCUGUUGAAGAUGCUAAACUUGGGGGGCAACUUUCUGGUGAACGUGUCCAGCACCUGGUUUAGCGAACUCGCGGAAUUGGAAGUUCUUUUUCUGGACAGAAAUGAAAUCACUUACAUUGAAGAAGAGGCUUUUGAAAACUUGACCAGUUUGAUCUCGCUGCACCUGAACAGUAAUAACCUGACCACGUUGCCGUUUUCAGUCUUUCAGCCAGUGUACUUCAUAGGAAGACUCUAUGUGUUCAGGAAUCCCUGGGAAUGUGAUUGCAAGAUGGAGUGGUUGAAGGAAUGGAUGGAAAACUACAAACUCGUUCGAGAUAUCCCAUGUGCCUCUCCGGAGGCCGUAGCCGGCAUGGAUUUAAGUAAGGUCCCCUUCAGCAAAUCUGCAGAAGGCGCUUGUUUGGAGCUAGCAGAACUGAAUCUGUCAACUUACACAUCAGCGAUCCCAGAAUUUCCCCGAUCCACCACGGAGAACAGGUUCAGCAGCCUUCUCUCUAAAUUUCUCUUCCCAAAAAUGUUUGAGACUGAAAACACCACUGAAAUGUUUAAGAAUGUGUCAGACCCAACCGGAAUUGAUGAGGAAAUAUCUGCAGCCGCUAAGGUCGAACGACAUCCGAUCAAAAGACACAUCCAAACCCUUGUUUUAGUCAUUAUAUUUUAUAAUAUUUGACACAGGAUUUAGUUGUGUUCUCUACCGUUUCUGAAGUUCACGGAUCUAGAGGGAAAAGGCUGGAGUCGGAUACUAUUCACUCCAACGUUUCCCGUGUACCUCAAAAAAACUUGGCAGAGAUCUUGGAAUUGCAAAGUCGCUUGUUCAUCUCAAGUUCCGAUACAACUUCAUUUCAAUUUCCCGAUCUACAUGGAUUAUUUUAUCUAAUUUUGCAGUAAAUUUGUAUCGAAGUACGGGUUUUGGCUGAAUAGUGGUACAUUUUAAAACUGUAUUUUAUAAUAGUUGCUCAGAAACACUGUUAAUGUUGCAUGUAUACAUUUACGGUACGAUUUUUCUAUUCUUUGCAUAAUAUACCUGUGAAGACAGAGUAUAUCGUAUUUUGUAAAGCAUUUUAAUGAAAAUCUGUUGUGACGAAAAUGUUAAGUUCUCUUCCAUGAAUCCGUCUGCUUGAAUCCAUUUUGUAAAUAUUUUCCUCAGUAAAGUCCAGCAGAUUUGGUCUACUGGAUGGCCGCGAUAACCAUUUGAUAUUCUGUGCACGAUUUUUAGUGAUUAUUACUGGGAGGAGUGUGGUAACUGUGUAUUGCAUUAGAAAUCUAUUUUAUUGGUGGGAAAGCAACAGAUAAAAUAUACAUCUUGGAAUGCUUAAGCCAAGGUAGCUAGUACUGUUACUUUGACAUUGUUGCCAU